CGCACUUAUCGACAGCUUCGAGGAACAUAAUGCCCUCCCAAAAGACUUUCCGCGUCAAGCAAAAGCUUGCCAAAGCUGCCCGCCAAAACCGGCCGAUACCACAGUGGUUCCGCCUGAAGAGCGACACCAAGAUCCAGUAUAACGCUAAGAGGAGGCAUUGGAGGCGGACGAAGCUGAACCUCUGAUCUAUCUCUCGCUUGCUUGCGUUCGACCUGCGCCAGACGGACGGGAGCUGGAGAGGGAUGUGCUGGAGCAUUCAGAGAGACACAGAGAUGUACGGGCUUUUCUGUCCGAUGUGGUGUAUGGUACGAGGAUGAUAUGAUCAUGCCAUGCUUGCCAUGCCUUGUGUUUUGCUGGGACGUGGAAUGUGGGUGAUGUUGUGAGAGUAAGAGCUGGUGGGAGCUGGGGCGAGUGUUUGAAUAUUGAGUGUUGGACGCUCAGUUCGACGAGGUUCCC